UAACAAGGUACCAUCAUCCACUAUAAAAGUGUUCGCAUAUGAAAGGGGAAGUACUGUUGAAAAUGUUGUGUGACACAGAAAUCAAUAGAGAUCUUAAAGUUCCUCGAGUAUUAUAUUUCAUCUUACUUUUAAUUUAUAUAUCUGUGCAAUUAAGCAUGACCUUGUCUAUACCUACAACCGACUUUGAUACAACUACAUUGUCAUCAAAUAAUUCAACUGCUGAUGAUUUAUAUGUCAUAAAAGCAGUAGUAUAUGAAAUUGGUAUUCUAACAGAUGCGGAUAAUACAACCAAUGAUACAACUGAAGGGCAAGAAGAGGUUAAACUUUCAUUUUAUAAUCCACCAAAGAAAAAUAAUGAACCUUAAAAUGAAGCUAAAUUUGUAUACUCAAUUUUAUAAACUCAACCAUGAAUUAAUAACAUUACACAGCACUGAUAUACAUAUGUAAAUUCAAACUGUAUACAAUUUUAAGAAGGUAUACAAACAUGUAUAAAAUAAAUCACUUAUUUUGUUAUGUUGGGCUCUCAACAGACAGAAUGUAAUAAAAAAUAAA